AUGGCAGUUGGGGCGGCGACCCGAGGGAAGGAGCCGCGGUGGCUGAGGCCUCUGCUGUCGGCGAGGUACUUCGCGCAGUGUGGCGACCACGGCGACUCCGCCGGCGGCGGCCGGUGCGAGUGCAACAUGUUCUGCGUCGACUGCGCCGGCGACGGCGGCGCGCUGUGCGCCUACUGCCUCCCGCUCCACGGCGGCCACCGCGUGGUCCAGGUCAGGAGGUCGUCGUACCACGACGUGGUGAGGGUGUCCGAGGUGUGCCGGCUCAUCGACGUCUCGCGCGUCCAGACCUACGUGAUCAACGGCGCCAAGAUCGUGUUCCUCAACCGGAGGCCGCAGCCGGCAAGGCCGCCGGGGAAAUCCGCCGGCGCCGGCGCCGGCGGCACCGCCGCCAGCUGCUGCGAGGUGUGCGGCCGUGUCCUACUCGACUCCUCCCGCUUCUGCUCGCUCGCGUGCAAGCUCGGAGGCAUGAAGAGGGACCCGGAGCUGACGUUCCUGCUGCACGGUAAGCUGGGGUUGGAGUCGCCGGAGACGGCGACGGCGACGGCGGCUGACGAGUGGUCGGCGCCCAGCAAGGUCCGGAGGACGUCGGCGGUGAGCCGAAAAGCCCGACACAGAAGAAGCAUCGCAGCGGCGGCCGAGGACGAGGACGACGAAGCCUGCAUUUGUCCCCGGACGCCGCCUCCCAUCUCCAGCUGCGGCCACGGCGUGUCCAGGCGGCGCAAGAGCGCGCCACGGCGAGCCCCGCCGUACUAG